UCUAUGAAUUAUCUAUCCGGUUAUUUACAUUCAAGUUCUUCGACGCCAAUACAUCUGUACCUUGAUGUGCCUUCUGCCCAGGUGUGGUUCAGGGCUGGGUGGUAAUGAAGUUAUAUGGUUUAUAUUUUUGGGGGUCUACCUGGUGUUUUGGGUUAGAAUUUGAAGACUAUUAUUUUAGCGAGUUGUGGGUGGUUAUUAAUUUAGGAUGCGAAUGUUGUUUUUUGUGGCUGCUGUUUUAGAAAGUUGUGGAUAACAUUGAGAUCUACAUUGCUGCAUUUUUGCGUUGUAAAUGUUAUAUGCAACUUAGAUAGAUACUUCUGUCAUUACUGUCAUUCGCGUGUCUUCUGAUAAUAGUGGAUUAUCUGUUUUCUUCUUGCUUCAUUCUGGACAAUAGUUUCGAUGCAUUUUUAGAUUCCUUGGGUGAAAAUUUUAAGUCAUCAUUGCUUGAUAUUCUAUUGACAUCUUCAUGGUUCUUAAAAUCUGACUGCCGCUGUAAGCCUUACUGGUUUGUUCUUCGCUUUCAGUUACCGAAAUUAGUUACAAGUGAUUGCACCUUACAGAUUAUAUGCACAACAUGCCCAGUAGUGCUUCCUGCAAUGAUUAUUCUUUUCUAUCCGCUUGAAUUAAAGUGUGAUAUUAAUACAUUUGGGCCAUGAAAUUUGGAUACUCUUUAAUGGAAAUUUUAGAUAUGAAACUAAGGGAAGGCUUCUGUUCUUAACAUACCCACCGUUAAAAAACAAUAACAGUCUAAUUAACUUUAUCACUUUUGUGAAUAUUAGCUUUUACAUUCCAUGAAAUUUGGAUACUCUUUAAUGGAAUUUUAGGUAUGAAACUAAGGGCAGGCUUCCGUUCUUAACAUUCCCAUCGUUAAAAACAAUAACAGUCUAAUUAAAUUUGUCACUUUUGUGUUAUCACUAAUAUUAGCUUUUACAUUAUCAACCAACAAGGAUGCUAAAUUUACAGUCAUAUUUCAUACUAAAAUUACAGUCAUAUUUCAAACUUAGGAAGAGGUAGUGGGUAUGAAGAAACAUUGACGAGAUGUUAGAUUGCAUCUAGAUUAUCCUUUUGGAAAACAAAACUGGUUGUUCAUCUUAAUCAAAUUUGAUAUAGAACUUGGUUUUAAAAAUCUAAGUUCUUUUCGUGGAACCUAGCUGAUGCUUGAGCCUUGAAGUGGAAUUUAUUACCAGCAAUGAAGUAGGAAAACUUUGAUAUGUGUCAUAUUCUGUACCAGGUAUACUGAUUUGGAGCUUUUAACUUAGUUGUUCUGUAUUUUUGUGUUGUGGAGUGUAAAUUUGAUAUUAUAUGGCCAUGUAUUUAACUUAGUGAGAGAAAAUGAGUGAGAGAAGUGUUGAAAAAGGAUGCUUCGCAAGGAGAACUGUCUUGGCUUUCCAUUCCAUUCCUGCAGUGUGACCAAAAUAAAUUGUCUAAAAUAGUUUUAUGGGUUUAAGGUUCUUCGUGAUUCUGGUUUUAUAUUGAUAAUUUGAUAUGAGGCAUGUGUUGGUGGGAAUUAGAUUCAAUGCCUUAAUUCAACGUUGCAGAAGAGUACAGACAGAAAACAUGGAAGCCUAAAUUCAACGUUGAGAAAUAAAAGCAGAAGGCUGAUGAAGCAGCUACAUGCGUAAUAUCUCUGAAUUCCAGAAAAGGAUAUUUGAGGUCCUUUACAAGUUUGCGAACCUUCCUUUCUUGGCUGAUUACAAGAUCAAGGACAAUAUUGAGAAGGGUGAGAAACAGCUAAAUAUCACCAUUGGUAUCCUUGUUUCUGUUGCACUGGUUAUAUUGACCUCUAUAGGAUUCUUUUUGGCGGUAAGAAAGCAGUGGUCCACUGGUGCUGCUUUUCUCUAUUUUGUUGGUAUUGGUACAUGGUGGUUUGUGAGGCUGCUGGUGCUUAUUGUUUAAACACCUGUUGUGAUGUUUCUGAUAGUAAUGGGUUCAUCAGUAGGUAUUUGUUUCCUCAUGCUUUUCUCAAUCACUGCGCUAAUAGCAACUGGUUUAUCAGUAGGAAGAACACAACUGUUAAGUUCUUUUGGUUAUUCAUCUUGGGGCCUCUCUGCAGUCUUAUCUGCAAUACCUGUUUGCGUUCUUACAUUAGGAUUCCAUGUAUAACCCAUUCUGUAUCUUGUGCUCGAGAUAUGUCAAGGUCGUGAAUUAAUGAACUAGUUACGUUUGUGCCGUUGUGUCGAUGUUGGACAGAGGCAGGUAAAGAGAUUGACAUCAUAUUGGUUAGGAUACCCACCUUUAUAGAUCACUGUACUCUCAUGUACAUGGCAUGGUUAUUGUUUUUAUAAGCGUUUUCUUGAGUAUUGUGACCUCCCCACAUUAAUCAGCUGAUGGAUUUUGCUGUGCAGGUACACCAUUAUGAAGUAGGAAUAAGUUCUUCAUCAUCAUCAGAGUUUAUAAUUUUGAUGUUUAAUCAAUAGUUUUUAGUUCAUUGUUUUGUAAUCGAAUCCUAGAACUACAAGAUUACACUGGUCAGAACUACAGAUUUUAAUCCUUUGUGUAAUUUGAAACCAAUGAAUCAAUGAAUGUUAAAUUGAAUGAUUA